AUGAAAAGACCUUAUCAAGUUGAUGGUGUUGACCGGAAUAAGAAGAACAAGAAAGAUGUCUCGAAGAUGAAGGUUCAUUGGAAACUUUAUGGGAGUAAAGAUGAUUUGUCAGAAGAGUUCAAUAGUUUUUCAUCCACCUCUAGUAAAGAUACAGAUGAACUCAAGCGUGAUAUGGAGUCUGUUUCGGAUGAUGGCAAGGGAAAGUCUAGAUUGACCCUCUCAAAGGAUAAGAACCCCUACGAAAAUAGCAACGAUGUUGACGACGAUGUCGCACUGAAACAGAAGAAUUUUGGAGACGAUUAUGAAGGUUGCAUUGUUAUUAAUAAGAAAAUUGAAGAACAUAACAGUACCGCAAAAGAGACUGCCAAGAACUCACUUUCGACAAGCAAAUCAAUGCCUGAUGUUUCGAAAAUGAAAGCAGCUAUAAAACCUCAUUUUAAAUAUGCUUCUCAUGCUUAUGGGUUGCGUAUGAUGUCGAAAAAAAUAUUUAACACAAAAGUUGAAUUAGAUGUUGAAAAUAUCAUGAUAGUAAUCAAGAACAAUGAUGUCUCUCUAAUUUACUUACUAAGAGAAUUGAUCGAAUGGCUUCUAGCCAAAUAUCCAGCGUUAACCGUCUACAUUGAGGAUAAAGUUUUGCAGAAUAAGAGUUUCGAUGUAGAAUCGCUUAUAUCAGAUAUUAAAUGCCCAGCUCGUAGAAUCAAAUUUUGGAAUGUGAAAUUUUUAGAAGAAAAUAUCGGUUUUUUCGAUUUGGUAAUUACACUAGGAGGUGAUGGUACAGUCUUGUUCGUUUCGUCGAUUUUCCAAACACACGUUCCUCCUGUCCUUUCGUUUUCCUUGGGUUCACUGGGGUUCUUAACAAAUUACAAAUUCGAACACUUUAAAAAAGAUUUGUCAAGGAUAUUAAACAAUAAUAAAGUGAAGACUAAUUUGAGAAUGCGGUUAGAAUGUAAAGUAUAUAGAAGAAGAGAGCCUGUGAUAAACCCAGAAACCGGCAAGAAACUGUAUGUUUCGGAACUCAUAUCAGAACACCAUGUGUUAAAUGAAUUAACUGUUGACAGAGGGCCUUCCCCUUUCAUUUCUAAUUUAGAAUUGUACAAUGAUUGUUCGCUACUAACCGUCGCACAAGCAGAUGGUCUGAUUAUUAGUACUCCAACCGGUUCUACAGCUUACUCCCUCAGUGCUGGUGGUUCGCUUGUGUAUCCAAGUGUGAAUGCAAUCGCGGUCACUCCAAUUUGCCCACAUACUCUUAACUUCAGGCCUAUUAUUUUGCCAGAUAGUGUGAAUUUAAGAGUCAAAGUAUCUAUGAAAUCAAGAGCAACAGCAUGGGCCGCUUUUGACGGUAAAAACAGAGUCGAGCUGUUUUCCGGUGAUUAUAUUUCUAUAUCAGCAAGUCCUUAUGCUUUCCCAACUAUUGAAUCCUCUCCAGAUGAAUUUAUUAAUAGUAUUAAUAGAACUCUGAAUUGGAACUUAAGAGAGGAACAAAAAUCUUUCACACAUAUGUUAUCCGAUAAGAACAAAGAGAAGUAUGCAAACGACCCAAUUAAAUUAGAUCAAGCAGAAGAAAGUUGCGAGGAAGUCGAACUCCAAGAGAAGAUUGAUGGAAGCAAAAUAGAUAUAGCGAUGGUUAAACAUAUGAUGAACCCUGAAAGGAAAUCCAUGAAUAGACUUGAACAAGAAGAACACGAGUCCUCUUGA